AUAGGAUUAGCACUCGUGUUCCACAAUUGUCUCAUAUUCGAACUCCCUCCACUUCAGUAUCAUCUCUCUCCUCCAUGGAUCCUCUAUCAGCACUGCGAGACUACACAAUCCGAGGCGACCUCGACAAAAUCCACCGAGUCGGAGACGAGUUCCGAUUCUCAACUCAAUACUCCUUCCCCUGUAAAACCGAAACCGCUUACCGUUCAAAGCAAGGGAAUCUCUACACUCUCGAAACCCUAGUUUUCUGCAUCAAAAACCGCAAUUGCAAGCAACCCGAGUACAUAAAAAACGCUACAAAUCAAGGCAUUCCCACCGUCACUUACGUUGAUAGGAAACCUGUGCUUGAUUAUCUUGAUGGCCAUGUUUCGUCGUCUGACGCUAUCGAAUUUGUCCUUACGACCGCCACCGAUGUUGAGGAGUAUCGCCCCGACGACCCCCAGUUCUUUUCCUCGCUUCCGAACAACAAUGGGGUGAGUAGUUUGGGAAUUGAAGAUGAUUCUGAAAUUAGGGUUUCCGAGGAGGGUGGUGGUGGGGGUGAGGGUGUUGAUUUGAUGGGGCUGAUUAGGCAGAGUGAAAAGCCGCUUCGGGAUCGGAACGCUGUAUUGCAAGUUCGUAACCGCGAUUUUUAUGGUAUUUAUGUUGGAGCGUUGAGGAGGGAGCAGGAGAAGCCGCAGCAGAGGAAGGAUGCGAAUGUGGGAGGGAAUAAAGGACGUCCUUUAGGUGGGGAGAAAGAUGAAGGGUUUCAUUCUGGUCCGAAAGCGAAGAUGCUUAAAGGUGGGGGUAAGAUUGGGGAAGGGGUGCCCAUUAUUUUGGUGCCAAGUGCUUCUAGUACCUUGAUCACUAUUUACAAUGUGAAGGAGUUUUUGGAGGAUGGAGUUUUUAUUUCUACUGAUGUUAAGAUGAAGCAGAUGAAGGGACCAAAGCCGGAAUGUGUGACGGUUCAGAAGAAGUUUAGUAGGGAUAAGGAUAAGGUCAUGACUGCUUAUGAGGUUAGAGAUAAACCGUCAACAUUGAAGGCCGAUGAUUGGGACCGUGUUGUGGCAGUUUUUGUCCUUGGGAAGGAAUGGCAGUUUAAAGAUUGGCCCUUCAAAGACCAUGUUGAGAUAUUCAAUAAGAUUAUUGGUUUCUACAUGCGUUUUGAGGAUGAUAGUAUAGAAUCUGCAAAAGUUGUGAAACAGUGGAAUGUAAAGAUAAUAUCGAUCAGCAAAAACAAACGGCAUCAGGAUAGGGCUGCAGCCCUUGAGGUAUGGGGCAAAUUAGAAGAAUUUGUUGCUCGAUCUCGUUCUUGAGGCUAUAUAUCAUAAGAACAUACUUACUUUGCGUGUUCUGAGUUUCUGACUGAUCCAGCUUGAGUUUGAUGGAUAUAGAGAACCAGUGAAGAACCUCCAUUAUUUUUGCACAAAGCACAUGCUUUAUUGGGUUGUCUGUUUGAGACUUGCGAGUUGAUUCCAACACUUAGAUGAUGGGUAUGAUUAAUAGAGGAAUGUAGUGAAGAGCAUGGUGACAGACUUAGCAAGUUAGCAAACAUGUUGGUGCAUCCAAAUGAUGUCUGAAAUUUAAGUUGUGGCUAUAGCAUGUCGUAGCACGAUUAUUGUCGAAACCAUUCCUUUUGCUAUUCUUGCCGGUGCUUGUGAGGGUUCCCUGGACAUGUAUAUUCUUUUUAGCCUUAGAUAGGUAGAAUGUAAUAUUAUGUUUUCGGAAAUCUUGGUUGCUAGAUGGGGAAAUUUUUGAGUAAAGAUAUGAGGUGAGUUGUGUGGUGUCUUGACUGUGGUGUCUUGGAAUUGUUAGUACUCCGUGUAAUCCUAAGAACAAUUCAGGUUUCCACAAGCUUUCUAAUUAAUUUUGAAAGGGGCCCAAAUCUUUUAAUUUGCUA